UUUGACGACCGUAGGGCCCUUCAUACUCAUCGCCUGCGCCACUACCUCUCUUCCUCCGCCUCCUUUCUACCUCACAGCGCGACCUCCGGAGCUCCGCUUUUCGCCGCACCUAGACCAUACUAAGCCCUACUGACAAAAGUAACGGCCGAAACCACCGCCUCCGCGGCAGGAGCCCGAAUUAUUCUGCGCCUGCCGCCCCUCAGCUGUGUGCCUGCCGGAUACCAUGUCGCAGAGGAUCGGAAAAGCCAUUCGGCGUCCAGGCGCCCCGUCAAAGGCGCGGGCCUACCCCGACGUCAAUGUCAACCGCCCGAAGGAGUAUUGGGACUACGAGUCCCUCACUGUUCAAUGGGGGGAGCAGGAUGAUUAUGAGGUGGUGAAGAAGGUGGGUCGGGGCAAAUACAGCGAGGUUUUCGAAGGCAUUCACACUACCGACAACGAGAAAUGCAUUAUCAAGAUUCUUAAACCUGUAAAGAAGAAAAAGAUAAGGAGGGAGAUUAAGAUUUUGCAGAAUCUAUGUGGCGGGCCAAAUAUUGUGAAGUUGCUUGACAUCGUAAGGGAUGAACAAUCAAAGACUCCAAGUCUUGUCUUUGAGUAUGUGAAUAAUACAGACUUUAGAGUGCUGUAUCCCACACUUUCGGACUUUGACAUUAGAUAUUACAUCUAUGAACUUCUGAAGGCAAGCCUCGUGCUUUUAUCAGCCAUCAAAUUUCUUGCAUCUGUGGCUUUAGACUACUGCCAUUCUCAAGGUAUCAUGCAUAGAGAUGUGAAGCCUCACAAUAUCGCAAUAGACCACGAGCAGCGUAAACUUCGCCUGAUAGAUUGGGGGCUUGCGGAGUUCUAUCAUCCUGGAAGAGAGUAUAAUGUUCGUGUAGCUUCUAGAUAUUUUAAGGGCCCCGAACUUCUUGUUGAUUUGCAAGAUUAUGAUUACUCCUUGGACUUAUGGAGCUUGGGAUGCAUGUUUGCUGGAAUGAUAUUUCGCAAGGAGCCUUUCUUUUACGGGCAUGAUAAUUAUGAUCAACUAGUCAAGAUUGCAAAGGUACUGGGAACAGACGAGUUGAAUGCUUAUUUGAGUAGGUAUCGUUUGGAAUUGGACCAGAAUUUUACUGCCCUUGUUGGAAGGCAUAGCAGAAAACCAUGGACAAAGUUCAUUAACGCUGAUAAUCAACAUUUGGCUGUUCCUGAGGCAGUUGAUUUUCUCGACAAAUUGUUGAGAUAUGAUCAUCAAGAAAGGCCUACUGCAAAAGAGGCAAUGGUAUAA